ACAGUUUUGCUCAAGCAAGCGACUUCCUGAAGACAUUGCUGAGAACCUAUAGAGAGAGCGAUGAGAAGCUGCAACUUACAUCACUUGUAUAUCAAGACAAGUGGUUAAGGCUUCUGCUAAACUUGGAGGAAGUUGUACUCAAAGAACAUCAAGCAAGGCAAACGACGCAUGGUGUUUAAGUACUGCCGAUCACCAGCAGAAUUAAAACAUGAGCAAGUUUUCCUGGCUGAAAUACUUGGCUCUUGCCGCUGCACUAUUGGGUGCAACUGUUGACGCCCAAGAAGCAACAACGCCUGCCUUCACAGUGACCAGCAAUGUAGCAGAUGACUCAUCACUCACACCCUCCAGCACAGCUCCAACAACAGUGACUACCGCACUCACAGCAGGUUCAACAGAUCACUCCUCACUCACACUCUCCAGCAUGGCUCCAGCAACAGCGACUUCUUCAUUCACAGCAGGUACAACAUCACUCACCAACUCCAGCACCAUCUCAACAACAGUAACUCCUCCACGCUCAGAAACUCCAACAACAUCACCAGGCCCAAAUACAAGCUCCCCUGCAGCACCAGUGACUACUGCACCCAUUCGCAUCACCACAGACUCAAUUACCCCAUCUGGAGAUAAGGAUUGUGAGUCUAUUAGUGUUCAAGAAGUUAAAGCCACAAGUGACAGUGUCAAUCUUACCAUUACUUACAAUAUCCAUGAAAAUCAAAAUAUCACAAUUCUGGAUAAGCAUUUUACAUUGAUUGCAACUAUGAACCAGACCACAAUCAAUAUAGACAGCCUAAUACCCUGUAAAAGUUAUAACCUCAUCGGGUCUCUCGAUUGGAAAUGUAAUAUUUCACUGGCAAACUUCACCACAGAACCACUUCCUGAUCCUAAGAUCGAAAUAACUUCGAAUCAGACUGAAAGUAAAAUUAUUUUUGAGCUGAGAAAACCUGAAAAUUGGAAGAAUUGCACUUUGACAUAUAAUUGGACCUGCAAUCCCUCCAAAGAUAAAGAAAAUGACAGUCAAAGUGUAAUAUUUCAUAAUAUAACUUACUGUGAAAAUUACAACUGCUCUGUCAAAAUUCAACAAGAUUCUACAGCAUGGAGCUGGGAAGGAACCAAACAAGUAUUAGCAGAUUAUGAAAGUCCGUACAUACCAAAAAUGAAUCUAACAGCCGGAAACAGGAGCAUUGAAGGGUGGUGGGAAGUGAAUAACACCACGCUAAAACCAGUACAAAAUAUUACUAUAGUUUGUGGUCAAAACACGCUUGUGUAUUUGACUGAUCCGAAGUCAUUUAUUUGUGAAAAGCUAGAUGCAUACAGAAAAUAUACUUUACGUAUUACUGCCACCAAUGUGAAUUGCAGUGGUAAGGAACAGAUAAGUUCAUUUGAAGAAUCAGCCAUGACUGAAGCAGAUUAUCCAGAGAAACCGAAAAUAACCAGACUAACCUUCCUAUCAAAUAAUGAGAUCAAACUCGAAUGUGAGAAAUUAAGAGAAGACCAGUUCCACGGAAAAAAUGUCACAUAUACAGCCAGUGCUAAUGGAAAAUUUAAUACAACAGUUCAGUCUCAAGAUUGUGUCUUUAACUUUAAAAACUUAGACUAUCUGACUGAGUACAAAAUAGAGCUAAGGGCCUUUAAUGAAUUUUAUUCAUCAGAGAGUUCCAAGACCAUCCAAACUAAAUAUAAUGACAAGGCUUUAAUUGGAUUCCUGGUGUUCCUGAUCAUUGUGACUUCAUUAGCUCUGGCCAUCGUACUCUACAAAAUAUACAUUUUGCAGAGGAAAUCUUCAAGACAUUCCGAAGAGUCUGUGGAACUUAUCGAACACGAUGAUGAAAAGCAGCUACUCAAUGUGGACCCCAUCCUUGCAGAACAACUGAUUGACGCGUACAGGAGAAAACAAGCUGAUGAAUCAAGAUUAUUUUUAGCAGAAUUCCAAAGUAUUCCAAGAGUUUUCAGCAAAUAUUCUGUCAAGGAGGCACGGCGAGGUUGUAAUGCAAACAAGAACCGAUAUGUUGACAUCCUGCCAUAUGAUUACAACCGUGUUCAGCUUUCUCCAGUGGCUGGAGAGCAAGGCUCAGAUUAUAUCAAUGCAAGCUUCAUUGAUGGCUUCAACGAGUCCCGAAAGUACAUUGCUGCCCAAGGCCCAAAGGAAGAAACAUCUGCUGACUUCUGGAAAAUGGUGUGGGAACAGAAAGCAACAAUCAUCGUCAUGGUGACUCGCUGUGAGGAAGGGAAGCGGCCCAAAUGUGCUCAGUAUUGGCCUAAUUUGGAUGACGAGUUCAAGUCCUUUGGUGACCUCACUGUAAGAAUUAACGAGGAGAAGUGGUGCCCGGACUAUGUCAUUCGGAAACUCUUCAUUUCACACAAGAAGGAAAAAACUCCUGAGCGAGAAGUAACGCACAUCCAGUUCAUCAGGUGGCCAGACCACGGUGUUCCAGAAGAUCCACACCUCCUUCUCAAAUUGCGCCAGAGAGUUAAUGCAUUCAGAAACCUAUUCAGCGGCCCAAUAGUUGUGCAUUGCAGUGCUGGGGUGGGUCGCACAGGUAGCUACAUCGGAAUUGAUGCCAUGAUGCAGGGCCUCGAGGCUGAAGGGCGAGUGGAUAUCUACGGUUAUAUAGUUCAACUCCGCCGGCAACGCUGCCUCAUGGUGCAGGUUGAGGCCCAGUACAUUCUGAUCCACCAGGCUUUGUUGGAGUACUAUCUCUAUGGUGAAACUGAGGUCAACCUGUCUGAGCUACCCAAGCACCUCACUAACUUUAAAAAGAAUGACCCACCAACUGAGCCAUCCCUGCUGGAAGCAGAGUUCCAGAGGAUCCCACCUUAUACUGAUUGGAGAUCACAGAACAAUGGAAGACGGGCAGAAAAUCAAAGUAAAAAUCGUUCUCUUUCAGUGAUCCCAUAUGAUUACAACAGAGUAACUAUCAGAUUGGAAGACGAGAAAAGCAAAGACAGCGAGAGCCACAGUGACACUGAUUUAUCCUCUGAUGAGAGUGAAGAUGAAGAAUCCAUUAAAUAUAUCAAUGCUUCCUACAUAGAUGGAUAUUGGCAUUCGGAAACAUUAAUUGCCACUCAGAAUCCGCUGCCUGAAACCAUUGCUGACUUUUGGAUGAUGAUGUAUCAAAAAAAGGCGAAGUUCAUCGCAAUGCUGGGCAAAUUAAAAAAUGACAAGGAUUGUCCACAAUAUUGGGAAGAUGAGACGAAAGUCUAUGAUGAUAUUGAAGUUACGUUAGGUGAAUGCAUUAAUGAACCAGCAUUUAUUGUUCGUGUCUUUGAAAUAAGACAUACAAAGAGAAAAGAAACUCGGAAAGUACACCAGUAUCAUUUUCACAAUUGGACUGAAUCAGAGCUUCCUGAAGAUCCCAAUGACUUUGUCAAUAUGAUAAGGAGCAUCAAGGAAAAACUGUCAACACUCAAAGAAACUGAAGAUUUAGUACCACCUGUCAUUGUACACUGCAGUGAUGGAGCCAAGCAGACGGGAGUAUUCUAUGCGCUCUGGAACAUCCUUGACAGUGCAAAUACUGAAAAUUUAAUAGAUGUUCUCCAGACGGUCAAAGCACUGCGCAAACAGCGGUCAGGAAUGCUUCCAACCUUUGAGCAGUACCAGUUUCUCUAUGACAUAAUUGCCAGUACUUACCCAGUGCAGAAUGGGACAUUAAUAUCUGAUAAUGGUCCAGCACAGACCACUGUGAAGGUAAUCUCUGAAACCAAUCCAGAGAACAAAUCUCAACAAAAUACUACUUCUGACUCUACUGAGAACAAGGAAGUGUUGUCCACAGAGAAUGAUGAAGCAAAGUCUGGCAGCAGCAACAACAAACAACCAGCAGAAAAUCCUAUUAAUGGACCUGUUACAAGUGGUGAAAUUGAGUGAAGGAAGGUUGCAAUGUGUGAAGUAUAGGUACGAAUAAAUCAAUAUAUGUGUUUGUAAGGGAGAUUUGAAAAUACCACCAUUAAUUUCAUUUUACAUGUACAUAGCUUGGUUUAUCACUGGAUGCUUUCCAACAGGCCUGUAUACAGAACUGUUCAAGAAUGGUAAUCUACUUGAACGUAAGUGUGAAUGUAUCUCAAUUAAAGGAAUAAUUUCCUAAUUUAAAAUUCAAUUAUAAUGUUUUGGUCUUUCCGGUUACACUGGUAACUCUAAAAGAAGGCACAGAUAUCUUUUUUUUUUGAAAAAACUCUCAGAACAUUUUUAUAUAUAUAUAUUUUAUCAGGUGUGUGGAAAAGCUAAAUGCCAAACCUGCUUCAAGAUGUUUUGGCAGUGUUCAUAUUUCAAAGUGUAACAAAGAUGCUAUGUUAUAACUAUGAUGAAGCUCGUUAUGAGUAUAAAGUAAUUUGACAGGUUUAUUAAGUUUUGAGAUUUCUGACAUUUAUAAUGCAGCAAUUUUUUCACUGUCCUUUGCAAAUUAUUUUUAUAGUUGUUUUUUAAAGUUAAAGCUGUGCAGUUGAUCUGCUUAAGAUAUCCAGAUGUAUUUAACUGUUUGAACUUAUGUUGCAUCAAAAAAAUAUAUUAUUCUGGUGGACCAAACUGAUUUCUGGUGUACCAGACUCAGAAAACACAGCAGAGGGUCAGAGAGGGGAGUUUGCUGCCUUUUGUAAAUUAGAUAUCACACUUUGCUGACAAACAUGGUCCGUUGAAGCCUGUUCUAUUAUGUUGCCUGUAAGACAGAGCAUGACUUCAUAAAUAAGUCAAUAUUAAGAAAACAGAAACUUGACUUCAGAGGAGGGUUUUGGGAAAGUGUGCAAUACGGCAGUAGCACCAGAGAAUACCACUGUGGAUUUAAGCCUAACUUAAAUAGGUUCGAUAGGAAGGAUCAGUGAUAAGAGAUGUGAGAAGGAUUCACAGCAGUCUCACCAUGCUUGAUUUGCUCCAAUUUGCCUGAGAAACAAAAGAUCUCGGAAUCUACUUACAAUCUGCAAUUCCACUUAUCAAAGGACGCAAGAUCACAUUACCGAUUGGGAUGUUCGAGUGUAUGCUUGAAAGCUGAUUCUAAGAUUGGACAGAAGCAGCCUUUGGCAAGUGUCAGUCAAUAACGUAUCGGAAAUGGCAAGUUUGGAAUGAACUGUCAACAGGUCAGGAGUUUCAUGGCGUUUGUCACUUGGGCAGUUUUAAGGUUUUGGUCGUUGAGGAUAUGAACAUCUGAAGAUAUAUAUAUAUAUCUUUCUUUCUUGUUCUUUGGUCCAUGGAUGUUGAUCAAGCUGCUUUCCUUUCUUAAAUAAAGUUUUCUGGAUUCAUGGUAUGCAUAAAGUAUUGCCAAAGGGAAGAGAUAUUCCAAAUCUCAGUGGAGUCUCUAGGAGUUAGCUAGCGGUUCAAGUUAAAACAGCAACAAGAAGAUGUACAGUAAAAAUCAAUUUGUUUUUCAAGUUAUAACAAGGUUAUUAUGUCAUUAGUUGAAGAAAAUGUGUUGCUUCAAACAGCAGAUGGUUACCAGGAAUUUGUUUGGUCUGUCAAGUUAAAGUUAGUUGCAGCAUAUUUUACAUAAGAGCUUGCUAUUUCCAGUUUUGGGUUCUUUCUUCAAUAGCUUAUAGUGUUUUCUAAUUUGUUUUGUUCAAAAAUACAUCUUGUAAAGACAAUGACAAAAAAUUUUGUACUAAUAGUGUUUUUGAAUAAACAAAAGGAAAGUAA